AUGGGCGGCGCAGGCUGCGAGCACCUCGCCUGCAGCUUGGGCAAGCUGGGAAAGCUCCAGAAGCUGGUCCUCGACUUGCGGCGCAACUCCGUCGGUCCGAAAGGCGGCCAGUGCCUGUCCGAUGCCCUCUCCCAACUGGCUCACCUGGAGUCCCUGGUGGUGUGGCUGCAUGUCAACGACAUCGGCCCCGAGGCCGGCCGAUCCCUCGCCGCUGCCUUGGGCCAGCUCGCCCGGCUGAGCACACUGAAAGUGUCUCUGGAUGGCAACGGGCUGGGCCCGGAAGCUGCCCGCGCGCUGGCCGGCGCCCUCGGCCGGCUCGCGCAGCUCCGGGAGCUGCACGUGGACCUGGAGUACAACCACAUCGGCGAGAAGGAAAAGACGGAGAUCCGCGGGCUCCUGGCGGCGCUCCCGGCCGCCGAGAAGACGUUCUUCCUGUGA